GUGAUUCCGACCGGCCGGUCGCGCGCACGAUCGAAAGAAAGCUCGGAGCGGCGGAUAGGAUGACACAGCCCCACGUAAAGCAUGGCCCUUUUCUCGCGAGCAUGGAGGACCUCCUUGCGCCGAUGAGCCAGCAGUGCUGACUCCGCGCGGAUCCGGAUCCACUCCCCGUCCCCUCCCCUCCCUUUCGCCGGCCCCAGAUUCUGCCGGCCGGCCGCGGUUUAUAAAACCGCCUGCCCUGCCGUCGUCCCGAGCCACCGAACCUCGGCGCAAUCGCACGCUCGCUCGCUCGCUCUCUCUCUCUCCCAUCCCCCGCACGACACUUGGGUAGCGCGAGAGAAGGAGAGAUAGAGACAUGACGAAGUCGAGCGGCAGCCAUGUGAUGGGCGUCCCCGUCACCUCCACGGCGUACGCCAUCGAGGACGCGACGAGGGACCGGCCGCCGGCGGCGGCUAAGAAGGAUGGAGAAGAUCGCCUUGCCGUCUCGCUGACGCACCCGAGCCCGUACACUUCCUUCGGCUACAAGCAGGGUCACGUGAUCCACUGGAUGAACAAGCUGGGAAGACGAGCUCAGAGCUUCAGGGACCACGUGACACUGGGUCCCAAGCUGUCGGAGACGGUGCGGGGGAAGCUCAGCCUGGGCGCGAGGAUCCUGCAGGCCGGCGGCGUGGAGCGCGCGUUCCGGCGCGCCUUCUCGGCCGAGAAAGGCGAGCGGCUGGUCAAGGCCCUCCAGUGCUACCUCUACACCACCGGCGGGCCCAUCGCCGGGAUGCUCUUCGUCUCCACCCGCAGGAUCGCCUUCCGCAGCGACCGCUCGCUCGCCGUCACCUCCCCGGCGGGCGACGUCCUCGCGCGGGUGCCGUACAAGGCGGCGGUCCCCCUGAGGCGGAUCAAGCGGGUGCGCCCCAGCGAGAGCGCCGAGACGCCGGAGCACAAGUACGUGCAGGUGGCCACCGUCGACGGCUUCGAGUUCUGGUUCAUGGGCUUCGUCAGCUACCAGCGGUGCUGCAAGUACAUGCAGCAGGUCGUCUCCGACCUGCAGUAGUAGCUGCUCAUGGCUCCCAUCGUCGGCGUCGCCGAGCGUGCGUCCCAUCUGUGUACGUACGUCUGGCAGUCCAAGUCAAGUUUGUGGGCUACUCUACGCCAAUGUCUUGUUGCAACGUUUGUAGCCACCAACUGCUCCACCAUUUUUCCAUAUACCAUUUGGAUUAAUUGGUUGACAAUUGUGUAUGGUCUUCCAAGUUUGUUAAUUAUAUUAGUAGGAUUGAUGGACCAAGGAACUUGGUUUUGCUAAAUGAAAAUACUCCAAUUGUUCUCAUCAGGGACGAGGUGCGUUAAGUUUUCGCCCUCGGUAUUUUCUUGUUCAAUAGGACUUUCGAUGUCACUCACAGGCAAGGAUAAAUAUGAUCCCUAUUUUUCUAUUUU